CUUUGAUGUCUAGCGGGCAUGAUAAUCUCAAUCCACAACCAGGAUGGCCGGCGUUUGAGUAAACAAUAUACCAUUACCAAAACAUGUCUCCGUGUCUCCCUUCACAGGCGCUAUCACUACAGGAGAUUGGUACAUCAUUUCUUUGGACGAUGUGCAACACGGGAUGUCCCGGAAGACGUACUGGACCGAGAACUUGAAUUUCGGUCUGUUCUUCUGCAAAUUUGACUUAUCCUUCAACAGAUGGCGAGCUGGAAUCUACCGCGGUUUGUCGGGGAGACAUCAUUUUGCCGCGGAGAAGUCGCCAUCUUCCACGUCGGAACUCCUGCCACGAACACCGAGACUUUUCGAAGUUCUUUCCAAAGGACAUCUUAUCUCGCACUACGCAUGCGGACCCAGUGCCUUUUCUGCUAUAUAUGAUCGCCGUCUGGAGGGCUGUGUUCUACCAAUCUCUGGGUGUUUGUCUAUGUGUGGACUUUUGCUUUCUUUCUAGCUUCAGACAGACGGUUACCAAGACGCCCAAGCAUCUCCUAUCACCAGUUGUCAUCGAGCUGCCAUGGACAAAAUAUCUCAAGCACCUUCACCUGAGCUGACGCAGCAAAUCACGAAACAAGAGGGUUCAAGUUUUGAGUUGACAACAAACGAUGGAAAGACUGCUAGUCCUUUACCACAGGAGCAGCGCCUGCAUAGGGGCCUCAAAGCCCGUCAUAUCGCGAUGAUUGCAAUCGGCGGCGCUAUAGGCAACGGAUUGAUCAUCGGUACUGGUCUGGCUCUCGCUGAAGCUGGACCCGCUCCCUUGCUCAUCAGCUACACUAUUAUCGGAUUCCUGGUCUUCGUGGUCAUGACAGCCCUUGGGGAAAUGGCGACUUGGCUACCUCUCGGGAGCGGCUUCACCGGGUACGCUGCGAGAUUUGUUGACCCGGCGCUCGGUUUCUCCCUGGGUUGGACGUACUGGAUAAAGUAUGCUCUCACCAUGCCGAAUCAGUUGACUGCAGCAUCACUAGUGCUUCAGUACUGGGUCGAUCGAGACCGCGUCAACCCGGGCGUUUUCAUUGCAGUAUUUCUGGUUGUCGUUGUGGCCAUCAACUUUUUCGGUUCGGCUUUCUUUGGUGAAGUGGAAUUCUGGAUGACUUGCGUCAAAGUCAUUGUCAUUGUCGGUUUGAUGAUUUUGUGUAUCGUGCUAGCCCUAGGUGGGGGCCCCAAUCAUGAUCGAACAGGCUUCAGAUAUUGGUCUGAUCCAGGUGCAUUCAACGAGGUCAUAUUGACCGGUGCCUCUGGUCGGUUUCUAGCUGUCUGGUCCACCUUGAUCACUGCCACUCUCGCAUAUCUUGGAACCGAGAUGGUCGGGGUUACCGUCGGCGAGGCGCAGAAUCCUCGUCGGACCGUUCCGAGAGCAAUGAAGCUUACCUUCUACCGGAUUCUGUUCUUCUACGUUGGUUCAGUCCUCUUUUUAGGGAUGGUUGUUCCGUACAAUUCCGAGCAACUAGCCUUCGCCACCAAGCAGUCAACCUCCGCUUCGGCUUCGCCUUUUGUGGUCGCUAUUCAACUGGCAUCUAUCAAUGUCCUGCCAGGUAUUGUCAACGCCUGUAUCUUGAUCUUCCUCUUCUCGGCGGCGAACACCGACCUAUACGUCUCCUCCCGCACUUUGUACAGCUUGGCUAUCGAAGGUUCAGCGCCGCAAAUCUUCAAGAAUACCAAUUCGAAUCGAAUUCCAGUGUACGCCCUUAUCAUGUCCGCGAGUUUCGGCUUACUUGCGUUCAUGAAUAUCUCGGACGACUCAAAGAGAAUUUUUAAAUAUCUCAUCAGCAUUAUCACAACUUUUGGCUUGUUGACUUGGAUUUCCAUUCUCGUCAGUCACAUAUACUUCGUGCGUGCAAGACGUGCGAGGGACGUGCCCGAUACCGCUUUGGUAUACAAGGCACCACUGGGCAUAUAUGGUUCAUAUGGUUCACUACUAGUUUUGAGCCUAGUACUUUUGACAAAGAACUUUACCGUCUUCGUAUCGAGCUCACGAGCUGGUGGUAGCUACGGCAAGUUCGAUUACAAGACUUUCAUCACUGGUUACGUGGGAAUACCUAUCUACUUGAUUCUGAUCUUGGGAUAUAAGGUCUUGAUGCGGAGCAAGACUGUUCGGCCUGAGAAUGCGGACCUGUUCGGUGGGAGACGGGAGAUCAAUGAUGAGGAAGCAGAGUUUCUGGAGGCCCGAAACGCGGAAAUGGCCAGUCGAAAUAGAGAGAGAUGGGGAGUGGCAUACCGCUUUAUUGCUUGGCUAUUCUAGCUUGUGCAUCCCUCGCACUUGCCUUCAUAGCGAGGCAAGGGAUAGAAAUGAUUGGGGAGGACUCGAUGAGUGAUAGACCGGGCAUGCAACGAAUAGGCUGGAAUCUAAU